GGUAGUGGGCAGGCCGUGUAGGAUGAGGACGAAAAUGGCAGAAGCACUGUUGUCGAGUCAAGACUGGGGAAGAUUUUCAAUGUUUUUACCUACUUUAUUUACACUUUUAGUCUCUUUGAAUCACGGGAAUGCUUUGAUUUGCUACUGUGAUGGCGCUUGUCCAGACCAUGAGCCUAAUGGAACAUGCAUUGCACCACCAAACAGCUAUUGUUUUGUUGCAAUGAAUGAGGUGGACACUUCUGACAAUGUUAAAGAAAUUGAAAUUACCUAUGGAUGUUUGCCCUCUAAUGAAAGAGGACAUAUGCAGUGCAAAGGGAAUCAAGUGCCACACUACCUUCAGAAAUCAAUAGCCUGUUGCAAUGAUAAAGAUUUGUGCAAUCAUAACUUACACCCUGAACCAUUUCGAACAAGAACUACAACACCUCUUCCAGACCACGGCAUUUCUGACAAUUCUAUGCCAUACAUUGCAUUAUUCUUGUCAGUGUUCAUCUGUUUACUAUUACUUGCAAUAUUGUUUAUUGGUCUAUGGAUCUGGUAUACACGCCGGGAAGCUCAGUGGAAAAACAAACUAAUACAGAAUAGUAGUCGUAACCUUUACCUUACAAGUCAUGGUACACUUCAUGAUCUUAUGGAACAAAGCUCUGGUUCAGGAUCUGGGCUUCCACUUUUGGUUCAGCGAACAAUAGCCAAACAGCUUCAAAUGGUUGAGUCUGUUGGUAAAGGAAGAUAUGGUGAAGUAUGGCUAGCUUCGUGGAGGGGCGAGCCUGUUGCUGUCAAAGUAUUUUUUACAACUGAAGAAGCUAGUUGGUUUAGAGAGACAAAUAUCUAUCAGACUGUUCUCAUGAGACAUGAAAAUAUUUUAGGAUUCAUAGCUGCUGAUAUAAAGGGCACUGGCACAUGGACGCAAAUGCUGCUGAUUACUGAUUAUCAUGAAAGAGGUUCAUUACAUGACUAUUUACAAACAAAUGUUUUGGAUUCAUCAUCGCUUCUGACUAUGGCUCUUUCUAUCGCUAGUGGCUUAACUCACUUACACACCGAGAUAUUUGGCACUAAAGGGAAACCUGCCAUAUCUCACAGAGACAUUAAAAGUAAGAAUAUUCUUGUUAAAAACGAUGGACAGUGUGCCAUUGCAGACUUUGGCUUAGCUGUGAGAUAUGUGAGUGAACGCGAUGAAAUCAAUAUUGCUCCAAAUGCCAGAGUUGGUACUCGGAGGUAUAUGGCUCCAGAAGUAUUGGAUGAAUCACUUGAUACAUCAUCAUUUGAUGCAUUCAAGAUGGCAGAUAUGUAUUCAUUUGGUUUGGUUCUUUGGGAACUUAGCCGCCGCACUGUCACGGGGGACAAACAAACAGUUGUCGAUGAUUAUCAGUUACCUUACUGGGAUUGUGUUCCCAGCGAUCCAUCCUUUGAAGAUAUGAAAGAUGUGGUGUGCCUCAAAAAAAUUCGUCCUCCUCUACCUGCGCGCUGGCAAUCUGAAGAGGUUUUAAAAAUAUUAGGAAAGGUUAUGCAGGAAUGUUGGCACCCGCAUCCUGGGGUGAGGCUUACAUCCCUUAGAGUGAAGAAAACUCUUGGAAAACUCUGUGCUAGCAGCCACUACAAAAUAGUUUAGUAUGAAGGACUCAUUUUUCAGAUAGUUUGCAUAUUUUUUUAGGAUUGCUAAUUUGUAAUGAUUUGUCCAAACCUUUUGUUUAAAACUCAUUUUAUUGUUAUGACCAGUGAAAGACAGAAAUUUAUUUUUGGUUUUGGUGUGUGUUCUGCAUUUUUUUGCAGAACAAAAAACAAAACAACUUCAAACAAGAAAAACAACCUCUUUUUGAAAUUGAAUUUUUAAAUUUAUUUCUCAUUUAUUCAUAAUAUUUGUGUAUAGCUUGUGUGUGAGUGUGUGUGUGUUUUGGCGAGUCUGUAUAUUUGUGUGGUAUUUGUUGUGAAUGAGAAUAUGUGAGUGAAAAUUAAUAUAAGCCAUAGCUCCUAGUGUUAAGCUCUGACUCUGGGCUGCUGUGGCAUAGAGCAGUCCGUCCAUUAGAAGUACAAAACUAUUUUCCACCCAAACUUAAAUCGCUAGUUUUAAUCGAACUCUGCCUUCACCUUACCUCUUGGUUUGUUUUCAGAACUGUUUUGUUUUCUGCAUUUUGGAUCUUGAAGGUGAUGGUGAUGAACUCAGAAACUCACAACUUGACUUUUGAUGUUUUGAGUUACGAAUUUCAUCUCCUCAUACUUACUUUUCUUUUCCAUACUGUCAUGGUUGAGCUUAUGUUUGAACUUGGGAAAUUCUAGAGGUAUCCCCAACAUUAUUGUAAUAUUAAGUUUAAUUGUUAUUAGAAAUUGAUCAGAAAUAGUAUUAUUGAUUAAUCACUUUUAUAAUAUCCUUAAGAUAUUCAGGAGAAGUGUAAGAAAUUGAUGUAACUUCCAUUCCCUGUCGAGCCACAAAUUUCCAAUAGCAGUUGUGUCAGUCUAGGAUCAAUGCACAUGGCUGUCGGUGCAUCAACCACAACCACUGGUGUUCUGUGUUGGGUACAUCUAAUGAUCAUGGCAGCAUCUGUGACUUAUGCCUUUUGGGCCAGACGAUGAAUGGCUGUUUCAUCUUUUUUACCUUCUCACCUAAUAUUUUACAGGGUUUGUGCUGGGGAUUCAGGAAAUUGACCAAACUAUGGUGGUGUUUUCAAACCUUUCUGAGCCAAAGUAGCUUUAUUUUUUGGUGUCAACUUGCUCCAAUGUCAUUUUAGAAAGUCAGGGAUAAUCAGAAAUUUUCAGUCUGUUUGUCAGGAAAAAUAAAAAUAGGUACCCGUCACGAACCCUGUAAGAGAGUAUAGCUUAAUAAAUCUAUAAUAUUUCUGAAGAUUUCUGAUAAUACUCAAUAGUAAUUAAAUUUGAUGUGACAAUAAUUCAAGGUGUUAAAACAUGUCUAAGUAACCUCUAGAGGAAUCUCUAGUCCACUCUUUGAACUGCCAUCAUUUCCUGAUUAAGUGCCAAAUAAAUUUAUUAAGAGCAGCAAACAUGAGAAGAGAAUAUUCAUUGUAUUUUAUUUUAUUCUAUUCAUAUUGAUAAUUAGGGUAUUUUAAACAAUGUUCUUAAGAUAUUAUGAGUGGAAAGUUAUUUAUCUGAAGAGAACUGCAGAGGAAAUUUAUUUCAGCAUUCACAUUUUAAUGCUUCAUGAACCCUGUGUUCUCGUCUUAAUUUUAUCGGAUGCCUAUUCUAUUUAAGUCUGUUGAUUUGUCAUUUAUCAUCCACUUGUCACUCCUCUCAGUGAGCUCAUAUCUUUGUUCAUUACUUCUAAGUUUAUUGUUCUUUAUAGUAUUACUUUAUUACUGGCAAUAACGCUCAAAUUAUUUUAUUGUUGUUGAUUUGUUCUUGUAUCACCCAAUAUCAUUGAGAAGAUGUUUCUCCUGGGUUCAGCGAAUCCCCUCUCAUAUCUUGAUUUUUAAUUGAACUCACCAAAUGUUAUGUAUUUAUUUUAAAAUUUCUUUUCCUCAGGCUGGAUACAUUUUCUAGGUCUAGAGUACCUAGUAAACUUGACAACUACUGUUGUAUUCUGUUUGUUUUUCUUUUUUGUUUUAUUUUUGUGUCAGGAGCAAUGUUAAUAUUGACAUAAUGAGAUCUCUUCCUAUGAAUUGCAACUGCAGUCUGUUUCACUCCAACAGAUGUUAAUGUGUCAACUACUUAUUUUUAAAUCUUAUCUAUUUAAAUUUGGCCUACAUAUUAGUAAUUUUAAUAUGCACAAUAAAUACUUCUGUGAUAUAAUUGUUUGCUCCCAGGGUUUGUAUGCACACCCACUGGCUGAUCUACAGCUACUGCAGCUUUUGGGUAUGGUUCUGAAUUGCAAUUUACUCAAAUGGUGUUGACCAAACAUUUGUUUUCUGGGAACCAUGAAAAUGUGUUCUUGUACCCUGUAUGAUGUACAGACAACUUGAAAUUGUGGAAGACUUUUGAUACUCAAAAUUUGUCAAACCCCUUCCUUUUUUCUUAGUACUGUUGAGAGCUGGGAUCAGUUUCUCUCUUUCUUUCCUUCUCUCCUUUGUUUUUCGUUCUAUUGUUUCUCUUUGGCUUGGUUGCUGCUUUUUGGUUGAGAAAUGGAAUCAAAUCCUUCUGAUCACUUGUAAAUACUUUCGGUCUCUGCCUUUGCAUCCGUUAUUCCUAACUGGCUCAAUCGCCCAUCGGAUCAAAUAAUAUAUUUCAUUCAUAAUUGUGUCUACUCUUGGUCUGUUUAAGUAUUUCUAUGGUGAUGUUUCAAUUUCAUGACAACGAAAGGGAAAUUGGAGAGGACGAAUAAUCUCCUAAUGCUUCACCAGCCUGCAAAGAGUUUCCAUUGGUUUAUCUUUGCUUGAAGGAGGGUAAAAACUUUUGAAGAUAUUCUGAAGGAGGCAAGUAACUGAUCUUUAAGCUCACAAUAAAAGUAUCAUAACCCAGUGUUAUGCAAUAAUGUGUUAAAUUCUCAUUUCUUGGCCUUAUACCUAAAAUUUUGUGUAAAAGAACUUACAAUUUAGUAUUUGCUUUGUUAGUAAUUACUGUAACUGUAUAAACUUGUUCAUAAGAAGUGUCUCAAGGUGCCUGGAUACUCAUGUUGAAAGGAGACUGAUCCUUGUGAUUAAGGACACAGUGUACUAAAAUUAAUUCACUAAUAAUUUUCAAUUUAGAGUGUUGUUCAACUGCAGAUUUUUGGGCACCUGGCACCAGGGUACUCGUGUAAAAUAUAUUUUUUGAAAUUAAAAUCUUGGUUUAUCAGAUUUGUGUUUACACUAGUGUGAAAAUGACAACCAGUUCCAUACUUUGUCUGCCUUCUUUUGAGCAGCUUUUCUAGAAACCACUUCAGAUGGUUAAGAUUUGAUGAUCAAAUGUGCAGAAUGUGAAUUAAAAGUCUGUGCGAUAGUGAAAGCAAUAAUAUGUUACUGAAAGAUUUUAGUAACCUUCUCUUUCUCUCUCUCUCUCUCUCUCUUUUUUUAUUUUUCCUUUUUCUUUUUUGCUCUUGAUCCUGCGUUCUAUACUGUCUUUGUGUUAUCGUCAGUGUCAUUUUUCUCAUUACUGUCAUAUUUAUUAUUGUUAUAAAAUAAUAAAUGUAGUAUGGCAUCCAUACUCCAUUAUGUAUCUCUGUCACAGUGCUGAAAGGAAACAUAUUCAACAGCUAAUUGUAGGCAUAUCAUACCUCAUCAUCAGAUUUUUCAGUUUUAGACUGUGGUUAUUUGAAACAUAAUGUACAAAUUAUCAUAUUAUGCCAACUGAAAAGCGCUUGAAAGAGUAAUGAUCUCUUUGUUUCAUUUUGGUGUUUUCUUUUGUGUAUUAUUUGAACUAAUAUUUAUGAUAAAAACAUGACACGCUGAAUUA